AUGCCGCUCAUGCUGGACAAUCCCAUGCCAGUGGAUCUCAAUGACGUUGAUGACCUUUUCGGCGAUGCUGUCGGUGUCGGUGUCGGUCUUUCUCUGCCGGAGCGGGCACAAAGCAAACAGCUUCAGCAACGGAUGGACGACAUUAGGAUUCGAGGGUGUUGCCAAGCGGUAGCGUGGUCAAGGACAGGCACAAUCGCCAACAUCACCUCCGAUGGUCAAAAUGUCGAACUUCGUUACCUACGACGUUCUCCAGAUGAUGGUUCUUGGGACCUGAGUGACCCUACCACUUGUCCUUUUGUCAAUGGUACUCCGGCAGUCCCCAUUGUUCACUUGACAUGGGCUGGCACGAGUACUCCAGACCUGGCUGUAAUUGAUGCAGCCGGUCGUGUCACUAUCGUUAGCUUCUCCAUCUCUCUCAACCAUCCCUUUGUCCAAAGAAAAUGGGACGCUGAUCCGAUUGAUGAUGUCCAUGCCAUCGUCGGUGCUUAUUGGCUCACAGUUGCUCCUUCAAAUCAACAGUCCUACAAUAUCAUGUAUGGGCCGGCCAACAAACAGACCAACGGAUAUACUUAUGAAAGCUCAUUCGUUCACCAUGGAGGACCAUCUCAUCCCAGCCCGGCCAAGAGCGCUCUGUUGACAAUCACUACGCAUGGUGUUCUCAGGAUGUUCUGGUCACAAAACAACAGUCGAGUUGAAGAGACAACUAUCGAACUCGAAAGUAUAAGCGCUUCUGAUGAACUCAUCACACAUGCCGCUUUCACGUCUGAAAAGAAAUAUUUACUCCUUGCACUUGCAACAACUUCAAAACAAUUGAGACUCGUCAAGAUCGAGAUCCAUUGGGGUCAAGCAUCUCAAACGGACAAAGUCCCAGGGAGACCUGCAGGAAACCUGAGCCCGUCUUUGGUGGAGAAACACUUGGCUACUACAAACUGGCUCCAGGGUGGCCCUAAUGAUUCGAGUAUUGACACAUCAAUGAUCGAGCUCUCCCAUCUAGAGGUUCUUCCCUCUAUCUUGGAUAAUACUGGCAAGAAUCCCACGUCACCUAUGGUCAUCACAGUCAAGUCGCGGACCCCUAGUGAGGGAUCUUACCAGGCUGCACAAAGUGUUCUCGACCGUUGGGAGGUUGUUGAGCAACGGCAGAAUUUAUCGUCAGCUUGGGAGCAGCUUGGGAGCCGACGAAAUAGCAUUUCCUCGGAACUGCCUCCUGUCACGCAACUGCGCAAGGUUGCACCUAUCGCAUCCAACAAAAUUGUCGUUGCGUUCCACACUCUCACUUUCGGCAAGAUCUUGGUGCUCGCUUUCGCAGACGGCACGGUAGAGUACCGUGAUCGACUAACCUUUGACGAAAUAUACACAAAUCAGGAAUUGAAUAAGAUCAUGAACCUUCGACAAGUUGGCUGGACAUUUACAGACGAAGGGCCAUGUCAACAAAUCGCUUUCUCGCCCACAUAUUGCUCGAUGGUGCAAAUGGGCGAAGACGGCAAAAUCAAAUGGACUAAGCUGCACUACCUUCAUGGUGAUAUUGGAAAUUCGAUGCAAGACGCCAGUUAUGCUGGUAGUAUUGCUGCGCUAUGCGUCACUGCUGCGCCAGCCAUGUUUCACCAGAAUAAUUACGACGAUAUACUUGCCAUUGUGAGGCCGUAUACAAUAAAAAAGAGGUUUGUCCAAGACUGGGUCACCGAGCUUAUUAGGAUCCUUAAAAUUCAGAUCGACUACUCAGAAGACACACAUCACGAUUCCCUUGUUCGAAAUGGCUCUCUACAGUACUGCCUCAGUAUCAUGAACGCACUUGGAUUCCGCGGAGAUUGCAGCCCCCGGUCCUUCCUGGGCAAAUUCUCCAUGCUCUUUCUGAACGUCCGGAACGUGGUCGUUCUUAUCACUAUUGCCAGCAACACGCCUGUUACGGUCAGAGAAAAGCUCAGUCCUUUGGACGAACCUGAGGUCAUGGCGACGCUUGUUGGCUGUGCAAAGUGGGCACUUGAUUUGAUCGCCUGGCUCAUGGACUCUCUCUUUGAGCUUAUGAACGACAGCCAUUUUCAAUCACUAUUGACUCGGGAGCGCUUCCAUGAGGUGGCUUCUUAUCUCCAAGAGAAGAAUAACGUUGCUCUUCAUUUCUUAAUGAGCUCAUCCAGUCGAGGAUUCCUUUCAGCAGUCUGCCGAAGGCUGACACACUUGGAAGGAUUGAGUGGCCGGGCCAUCGAGUUCUACAGGAGGCAAUCAGCUGUUGUCGAGGGUGCUUCGGGAGGCAGGGCGGCCCCUCAGCUACAACAGGCAUAUCAAGCAAUGCAGCAGGUGACAUCUUCCGCACUUGUCAAGGUUUCCGAGGUUGAAACGCUCCUCACCGAGCUCAGCACGGAGAUACGGCAAGCCUACCAGAUUUUCUUGCCAAACUUUGUCAAGAGUCAGCAGAACGCACCGCAGGGAAAGCAAAUCGAUUUGGCGGUCAAGUCGACCCGUUCGCAGAUAGAACUCUCCAUGCUUCUGUCAGGAUCACCCCCUUCGGCGUUUAUCCAGAUUAUCAAGAAGUUCUUCGCCACAGACCUUCCGUCGUUUCGAAACGCUGUAGAUCCGGGCCGACUAUUCUUUGCAAAUUACGAUCUUCUCGAGGUCCAGGAUGACGAACACAGCUUGGCAGCGAAGAAAGCACGGGGCAUGCUUUAUGUCGAUGUAUUCAAGCGGAUGCAGAUCAGACCCUCCCCCAACAAACAGUGGAGGCGCUGCUCGAGGUGCACUGCUGUGAUGGAGGAUAUCUUUGGAAGUAGACCUGGGUUUACGUUUGUCCUGGCACAGCAGCGCAAAUGUUCUUGUGGAGGGCAAUGGACAUUGCUUCCCAAGGGGACCGUUGCGUGA